AGGGACUUUGACGUCAGCUGGAGGCAGAGUCUGUGGCUGAGUCCACACAGCCAAAGGCCUGUGAGAAUCCGGUGGAUGCUGGCCGCCGCCGCCACUGCUUCCCCGGGGCUGCAGAGCAUGGACUGUUAAAUCUUGUACUUCUUCUGUGUGAGCUGAAUUCUUGCUGCCAGGAUGGGGAAACAGAACAGCAAGCUGCGCCCAGAGGUCAUGCAGGACUUGCUGGAAAGCACAGACUUUACAGAGCAUGAGAUCCAGGAAUGGUAUAAAGGCUUCUUGAGAGACUGCCCCAGUGGACAUUUGUCAAUGGAAGAGUUUAAGAAAAUUUACGGGAACUUUUUCCCUUAUGGGGAUGCUUCCAAAUUUGCAGAGCACGUCUUCCGCACCUUCGAUGCCAAUGGAGAUGGGACAAUAGACUUUAGAGAAUUCAUCAUAGCCCUGAGUGUGACAUCGAGGGGCAAGCUGGAGCAGAAGCUGAAAUGGGCCUUCAGCAUGUAUGACCUGGAUGGAAAUGGCUACAUCAGCAAGGCAGAAAUGCUAGAGAUUGUGCAGGCGAUCUAUAAAAUGGUUUCCUCCGUAAUGAAAAUGCCUGAAGAUGAGUCAACUCCAGAGAAAAGGACGGAGAAGAUCUUCCGCCAGAUGGACACCAACAGAGAUGGAAAACUGUCCCUGGAAGAGUUCAUCCGAGGGGCCAAGAGUGACCCGUCCAUAGUGCGCCUCCUGCAGUGUGACCCCAGCAGCGCCGGCCAGUUCUGAGCCUGCACCCCAAGAAUCGUAGAGCUGCUUGUGUUCCUUUUUGAUUUUUCUUUUUAACAAUUUUUUUUUUUUUUUUGCCAAACAAUAUUGACGGUGAUGCUGUUCCCCGUGCGUUCAAUGCACCUUCCUCCGUGAUGCCCGCCCGCCUUCAGCUUCCUUUGUCGUGGAUGCUUCAUGGGGCUGCCCCGAGCCCCAGCGCACUUGUGGAGAGCAUGGACAGUGCUGUCAUGCACAGACUUUGUGGUGUUCGUUGUUCUGAUGAUUUUUAAUCAUUAUUAUUGUUUUCUCUUGAUUCUAAUGUCUCUAUUCCAAAACUGAAGACUCGGGGAGGCAAGAGAAGGGAAAUCAAUCCAGUGCAAUGAUGCUAUUGCAAGCUGCAAGGGGCUUGUUUGAAAAACAAAACCCCCCCCCCCCCUCCACACCACCCCCGGAUCUGCUGUCACACAUGCCCUAGGGAUGAUGUCACCAGAUUCGGGAUCCCCAAGGACAAGGAACCCUCAGGAGCCAGGCUAUUAAUGGGACCUGGGGAAUUCCCCCUGCAGGCCCGCUCCCCCCCUCCCCCCAGCAGGCUGUAGUUUCUAAGCUGUGAACAUUUUAAGGUAAAUUAAAAGUGGAGAGGGAAAAGACGGCUCAGCUAUUUUUUCACAGGUUUACACUAGUUGAGCUAAGAUGAGUUUCUUUGGAAAUUUAAACACAAAUGGUAACUUAUAUUCCAAGACCAGACCCAUCUUGUCGCCUCUUGUGAUUUAAAAAAAAAAAAAAGAAGAAGAAGAAUGCUGUACAUAAAAUAUUGGGUAUUGCAGACCAAAUUAAGUGUUUUGCCUUGUUUAAAUGAAACGCAUGUUUAGUGAGCACUAAUCCCAUCUUAUUACAGAAGACUGUUUCUAGUAGCUUAUUGUGAAGUAAGCCAACUAUAACGAAUGUCUAUGUCUUGUUUUAAAGUCAUAUCUGUCUUUGCACAAAUGCACCCAUCAACAGGUAUAUUUUAUAUAUUCCAGAAAAGUACAAGGUAACCAUGACUCGGGCCCAAAUUUAAUGUUGAAUGUUUUUCCAGAGUAGCAGUGCCUGGAGAAUAGAAGCAGGUUUAAAUGAGACACGUCAAUUCGAGCACCAGAAGGUUAAUACUUAUGAGAUGAUGGUUUGCCCACCCAGCCCAGCAGCGCAUUGGUAAUAUUACAUUGGAGGUGUGGUGCUUUUCUGAGCAGAUCAAUAUUCUGGACACCCCCCCUCCCACCACCACACACACACAAACACACACACACACACACACACACACACACACACACACAGUCGCAUCAAGUCUCAGGACUUCCCAAUAGUUUGAUCCACAUGAAUGGUUAGGGAGCCGUAUCUGGGAUGGUGACUUUCCAUUCCCCAAGUAGCCCAACAGAGAGUCAGAGGUCGGGCAAUCAUCUGAUUCACCAUGAAGAAGGCAUGGGCACGUGCAUCUGUGACUUCCAAGGCCCACCAUGGAAAAUCCAAAAGUGUUCCCCCUCACUGUGUUCUUUGAAUGCCAAUUUCUAUUUCUAGAAGUGACAACACAAAUCUGAGUUGCUGUUCGGUCUGGUGACCUCAUACACACUGAUUUGAAUUAAAAGCUAAGAGUUAAAAUUGCUGGUCUUAAGGAAGUAUUUUCAUAAGCAGUAGGCACGAGGAAGCUCAAACAUCCAAGGGUGUAGAUGGGGAGAACCUGUCCCAAGGAAAGGCAGAGAGGUCCCCAUUGGGUCUGCUGCUGCCGCACUACUUCCCGUAAGCUAAGAACCACAGCAAGGUAGACAUUAUAGCCACUAGGAAGAGGUUGCUGAUUAUAAUCUCCAGAUUCUUGCCCAUCACUUGAGUCUCUCUUAACGUGUAGCAAAAAUCCAAAUUUGUGUGGUUGACCAAAAUGAGCCAGCUUUACAGGGUGAAAUUUUGAGAACUCAAUAUGAUAAAAUAAUCUUACUCUUCCCCUGAGUGUCAGUUUCUCAUAGUGGUUUUAUACUGAGACUUGCCCAAGUUCCUCCUUGGUUCAAGUGGUAAAAUCUGGGAAUUAAGACAUGGAGUGCAGAGCGGGCAAGGGAAGCCCGAGCCUCUAUCAGUAGUGUUCAGGAGGUGCCUCCCACUUAUUCCUGCUCUCGAUUGAAGACCCAAUUCCUCCUUUUAGUUCUCCUUAGAUGGUGGCGUCAUGUUUGGGAAACUCACCUGGACUCUGCCCUUGGCGGUGACAUCUUGCUGAGUCAGACUCACUCUGUUCCCUAGAACCUAGAACUGGAGGAGCAGGGAAGAGGGUCUCUAGCUGUUUAGGAAAGAAACAGAGCCAGACGCGUGGCUAAAAACACCCCCAUGCCGGGGGUGUACAGAAAAGCCCUGGUUCUGGCCUGCCAUUGACCUUGUCUGUAUUUUCUCAAAGAUUGUUUUUCUUCUCCUCAUUCCCGGGAAGGUCAUUCUAUGUCUAAUCCAGUGCACUCAAGCUUGGCUAAGGGACUCUGCAGCACCCAGAGGGCUGGAUGCCUAAAGGUUUAUGUCACUCCUGGGCUGGGCUGUUCAUUGUCAUUGCUGUGUUGCGGGACCUCUGGAAAUGGAGUCUGUUCUGCCUGAAAUCAAGCCAGCCUGUGAUGUUCAAGGGACUGGAAUAAAGUGGCUUACAACUUGAA